GCAAUGAAGCCGACGUAGCGGAACAUCAUGCUUCUCCAGUAGGGCAUGUGAUGAGGAGCAGAGUUUGGCUUUGGCGUGCUUGGAACUGGAAGACUUGCCGAGGACUCCGAGCCCAGCCCUGACCACUGGAGAGCCCACAACACCAUGAACAAACUGAGCUUCCACAACAACAGAGUCAUGCAAGACCGCCGGAGUGUGUGCAUUUUCCUUCCCAAUGAUGAAUCUCUGAACAUCAUCAUCAAUGUUAAAAUUCUGUGUCACCAGUUGCUGGUCCAGGUGUGUGACCUGCUCAGGCUAAAGGACUGUCACCUCUUUGGACUCAGUGUUAUACAAAAUAAUGAACAUGUGUAUAUGGAAUUGUCACAAAAGCUUUAUAAGUAUUGUCCAAAAGAAUGGAAGAAAGAAGCCAGCAAGGUACGCCAAUAUGAAGUCACUUGGGGCAUUGACCACUUUGGGCCCCCCAUGAUCAUCCACUUCCGCGUGCAGUACUACGUGGAAAAUGGCCGGCUGAUCAGUGACAGAGCAGCAAGAUACUACUAUUACUGGCACCUGAGAAAACAAGUUCUUCAUUCUCAGUGUGUGCUCCGGGAGGAGGCCUACUUCCUGCUGGCAGCCUUUGCCCUGCAGGCUGAUCUUGGGAACUUCAAAAGGAAUAAACACUAUGGAAAAUACUUUGAGCCAGAGGCUUACUUCCCAUCUUGGGUUCUUGCCAAGAGAGGGAAAGACUACAUCCUGAAGCACAUCCCAAACAUGCACAAAGAUCAGUUUGCACUGACAGCUUCCGAGGCUCAUCUUAAAUACAUCAAAGAGGCCGUCCGACUGGACGACGUGGCCGUUCAUUACUACAGACUGUAUAAGGAUAAAAGGGAAAUGGAAGCCUCUCUGACCCUUGGAUUGACCAUGCGUGGAAUCCAGAUUUUUCAGAAUGUAGAUGAAGAGAAACAAUUACUUUACGAUUUCCCCUGGACAAAUGUUGGAAAGUUGGUGUUUGUGGGUAAGAAAUUUGAGAUUUUGCCAGAUGGCUUGCCCUCCGCCAGGAAGCUCAUCUACUACACAGGCUGCCCCAUGCGCUCCAGACACCUCCUGCAACUCCUGAGCAACAGCCACCGCCUCUACAUGAAUCUGCAGCCUGUCCUGCGCCACAUCCGGAAGCUGGAGGAAAGCGAAGAGAAGAAGCAGUACCGGGAAUCGUACAUCAGCGACAACCUGGACCUCGACAUGGACCAGCUGGAGAAGCGGUCCCGGGCCAGCGGGAGCAGCGCUGGCAGCAUGAAGCACAAGCGCCUGUCGCGUCACUCCACCACCAGCCACAGCAGCUCCCACACUUCGGGCAUCGAGGCCGACACCAAGCCCCGGGACACAGGACCGGAGGACAGCUACUCUGGCAGCGCCAUCCACCGCAAGCUGAAAACCUGCAGUUCGAUGACCAGCCAUGGCAGCUCCCACACCUCAGGAGUGGAGAGUGGCGGCAAGGACCGCCUGGAAGAGGAUUUGCAGGAUGACGAAAUAGAGAUGUUGGUUGAUGACCCCAGGGACCUGGAGCGGAUGAAUGAAGAGUCCCUGGAAGUCAGCCCAGACAUGUGCAUCUAUAUCACGGAGGACAUGCUCCUGUCACGGCAGCUGAAUGGACACUCCGGGUUGAUCGUAAAAGAAGUCGGUUCUUCCACCUCCAGCUCCUCGGAAACGGUUGUCAAACUUCGUGGCCAGAGUACUGAUUCUCUUCCACAGACUAUAUGUCGAAAACCAAAGACCUCCAGCGAUCGACACAGCUUGAGCCUUGAUGACAUCAGACUUAACCAGAAAGACUUCCUGCACCUUGCAGGUCUGUGUCAAGACACGGCUCAGAGUUACACCUUUGGGUGUGGCCAUGGACUGGACGAGGAAGGCCUCUACUGCAGCGGCUGCUUGGCUCAGCAGUGUGUCAACAUCCAAGAUGCUUUUCCGGUCAAAAGAACCAGCAAAUACUUUUCUCUGGAUCUCACUCACGAUGAAGUUCCAGAGUUUGUUGUAUAAAGUGUGUCUACAUGCAGCUAUACGGGCGGCCUGCUGUUUGCUAGAGGUGGUGAAAGCCAUGUGCUCCUUCUUGACUUAUUAUUGUGCCAUAUUUUCUUCACCCCAAACAUUGCUCUUUCUUUUUCUUUAUAUUUGAGACGGAAAUAAAAGCUUUGGGACAAUCGCACUUUAAGUGUCACACAGAGGUAAGGGAACUACGGAGAAUGUACAACAAGACAAGUGCCCGGGAAGUUCGUGGUCCUUUGAAAGGAGAUGCCUUUGCUGGUUACCAAGCCUUCAGAAUAUUGAGCUGUGGUGUGUUCGAUCAUUGUUUUGUUUUUUAGUUCAAUUACAUGUAACAUCACAUUUUUUAUCACGUGAAAGAUGUUGUUAGAUAUUUGCUGGUAAAUUAUUUUUUCACUCCCUCAAGAAUGCUCAUGUUUUGAGGGAGAGGCAAGACGAGUCUCUUCUUUUAGUGGGGAGACCAUUGCCUAGUGUGUAGCCAUUACUGCCCACUGGGGCUGUCCCAGAGUGAACACUCACGAAGCCGUCACAAUCAUAUGGUUCUAGCAAGCCAAAGACGUGUACAUAGCAGAGGCGUGGCCCCGGGUCAAGAAGACGUGAAUUAAGCAAUAACCAGAGACUGCACUCGCUACGAUGCCUUGUGACUCCUUCACGCCUGGUCAGUGCCCUGUCCUCCUGCUCUUCCAGAAAGCUCUAGGGCUCGGCUGAGUUCCUCAUCCAAGUCACAGAUCAGUUGUGUUCAUGUCAUAACACAUUUUGUGGGGUUUCCAAAACCAGUUUCUGUUACAGCUGUGGAAAUGUCUUAGAACAUGUUUGUGCUUGGUGGUGUUUCUUUUUUAAUCAAGAACAAGUUAUGGUAAUACUAGUUUCUGCUUAACCAAAAUACCCUAACUAUACAUAUAUGUUAUACAUAUAUAAACACAUGAGGCUGUGUGUGUUUAUAUGUGUUUA